GAAGCCAAAAUGGCAGCUAUCUCAUUUGCUGAUGAGCUAGUUCGCGAUUAUUUAUUGUUUCGUGGAUUUAUGGGGACAUUAAAAGCUUUUGAUGCAGAUAUUAAGUCUGACAAAGAUAAGGGAUUUAGGCCGGAUCGUAUUGUAGACCACUUGAGUUCCUGCAUCAGCAAUUUAGACCUUUCAGCUCUUCGAGAAGCAUGGACUCAUUUGGACCAGAGGAUAUUUUCAAGGUUAGAGCAUUCCUUUCUGAAUGCAGCCAAAAAACUAGAAACAGCAUUAUUACGGAUGUAUGUGGUGGCUUGUGUGACUAGCAGCCGGCAGGAUAAAUUGCUUGAAUUCUUUGAGCGAAUGAGUCAUGAACUGCAAGGCCAAUCAGAGUGGAAAGACUGGUUUGCUCUGCCAUUCUUGAAGUCGCCUGAAGAAAAUCCAGCUUUUCAAGUCUAUUUUACUCGACAGUGGCAAGACACAAUGCUUGUAUCUCUUCAUAAUUUUCUCAGUGUUAUUUUUCAGAGCAUGGCAUUACCAACGUUACUGAGCUAUGAAGAUGAGGUUGUAAAACUGACUGCCCUUCAGGAAGAAAAUGAAAUUUUACGUCAACAACUGUCAUCUGGACAACUUGGAGAAGAUAAACCUGAUCCAGUGAAGACUGGCACAGAGGAGAGCACAAUUCAUGACAUUCCACCACCCCAAGAGCCAAUGGAUGAUUUUUAUGCUAUUGCUCAAGAAGUUCCUGUAUCAGAAAGUACUAGCAAAUCAAUUAAAUCUCUGAUUAGAAACAUUAGUAGUGGUCUUCCAACCUCUCCUAUUUUAGGACGUAGACAACAACAGUCACAAACGGGACCAAAACGAUCAUCAGGGGAAGAGUUGGUGGCUGCAGGCAAGCCAGUUUCUGCUGUGAAACCAAAACCCCGAGCCCCGAGUGCUCCUCCACAUUCUUCUGCUUCUGGUGGUCCAGCAGCUGUGGCCAGGGUGAGGCCACAGUCAGACCAUGAACAGAGACGGAGAAUUCCAUCCCAAAGCAAAGAGAAAGAAGAAAGAUUAGUGGUACAGACUCCAUGUGGUGGUCAAAUUACAGAAGGCUCUUCAGCGAAGGGGUCCAAUAUUGCUACUUUCCACAUAGGUUCAGAACACAAAGAAACUUUGAUAUUAUUGAGUCAGGAAGAGUUUUCAGAACAUCACUCAUGUGUAACUCAUUGUAAAUUCAACAGCUCUGGAUCUAUGGUUGCAAGUUCAGAUAUGGAUGGAGUUAUAAAGGUCUGGACAGCUAGUCCUUCACCUAAAACAUUUGCUACUGUUAUUUCAAAAUCAAGUGUGCUAGCAUUAGAAUGGGCAACUAAAAGAGAGAGGCUAUUACUGCAUGGAAAUAAAUCGGGAUCUUUGAAGAUUUACGAUACCAAGGAAAGAAGAACAGUUUGUGAUAUUAGUGCAGAUAGUGCUGGCUGCUUAAAAGAGCAGAGGAUUAUGAGCAUCACAUGUAGUCCUACUGAAGCAAGUUUUGUUUGUUCCACUUGUCCUCCUCCUCCUCGUUAUACCUCCAGGUCUGAAGUAUUGUCAAGUCCCUUACAAGGAAAGCUGUUGUUGUGGGACAUGAGAACAAUGCAGUUAGAGCGUCACCUUCAAGUUGCAAGCACUCAGUCAGUAAUAAACUGUUGUAGUUUUAACCAUAAUGGCCAACUACUCCUUGCUGGUACAUCAGAAGGAAAAGUGUGUUUGUUUGACAUGCGAACUUGUGAGUGUAUAACAAAUUGGAUGGCUCACAGCGGAGAAGUUUAUUCAACACAGUUUAGCACAGAUGAGACCGCUUGCUACACAAUGGGAAGUGAUGGAAAGUUUGUUCAGUGGAGUAUUAACAAGACAGGACAAAGAAUAUCAGAGCUUGGUGUUCAUGGUGGUGCUACAGGGCCUUUCACUAUCACUGGUCAUCCAACCACUCAUCGCCAUCAUCCUGUUGGGAAAUUGUUUGCAUUUGAUUGUGAUGGGAGUCAUGUUCUUACGUGUGGAGGAUCUGGAGGGAUUGUAUAUAAGUUAACCAGUGGUAUGGUUUCUCCUCUGUUGAGUCUUGGAGGACACAAGUGGCCUGUGGUGACUGUAGACUGGUCAACUCCAAUGGACUGUGGGACUUGUAUAACUGGUUCAUUAGAUGGUCAUAUUAUAGUGUCCACUUUACUUGCCCAGUGAUGAUGCUACUAGUUAUAUUAACCAUUUAUGUUGUAUGAUGCAACUCAAGAGCUUUCAAUUAAGAUAAGUCGUGUUAGGUGACUUGUUAUUGAGAGAUACAAUGUCUCUUAAGAUAUAAAUAUAUAUAUAUAUAAA